AUGGUGUCUGAAGGAAAGAAUAUCAAUCAACACGACAUCUCACCGGUGCUCUUCAUGACUGUGGAAGGAGAACCCAUGUCCUUCUAUCUACGACCAGGGCCCGUCAAGAGAAAGCUCCAUCCUCUCAUUAGAGCUGGUGGAGGCAUCAUGUGCCAAGUCCAAACGCCGGGAUCCAUUUUGCUAAUUGAUCCUAAGGAAAAAGGCACUCUCAGUCAAAGCACAGCUCACCAGUAUGUGUCUAUCCAGUACAUCCACGACUGUGUGGGUAAAGCUGAGCAGCUGAACCUGGACGACUACAGAGUUGAAGCCAAUAAGGACCCAGUGUGCUCUUUAACUAUCAAAUCUUCCUAUACUUUAAAAGGCAGGCAUGCGUACAGCCCAGCUGAAGACGCCGCCAUUCUGAAGUACAUCAGCCGGCGAAAGUCUGAAAGUAAAGGCAACAGUGUCUGGCAGCAAAUGGAAAAGGAGCAUGUGACCACACACAGUUGGCAAUCAAUGAAAGCUCAUUACAAAAAUAUUCUUACUCGGAAACUGUUAGAAGACAACGGAGCAGCAGGUGAAGAAGACGGAGCAGCCAGUGAAGAUGCCGGUGAAGACGGCGUAGCGGCCGGCGAAGACGGCGUAGCGGCCGGCGAAGGCGGCGUAGCGGCCGGCGAAGGCGGCGGAGCGGGCGGUGAAGACGGCGGAGCGGCCACUGGAAACGACAAAGAAGCCGGAGCGGCCACUGGGGACGACGGAGCAGCCGCUGGGGACGACGGAGCAGCCGCUGGGGACGAUGGAGCAGCCGGUGAAGACGCCGUAGCAGCCGGUGAAGACGCCGUAGCAGCCGGUGAAGACGCCGUAGCAGCCGGUGAAGACGCCGUAGCAGCCGGUGAAGACGCCGUAGCAGCCGCUGUUGACGCCGUAGCAGCCGCUGUUGACGCCGUAGCAGCCGCUGGUCACGCCGAAGCAGCCGCUGGGGACGCUGAGGACAACAACGAAAUGUCAGACAGUCCGUCCUGUGUCAAAGAUGCUGCUCCUCAUACUGAGCCAAAAGGCCCUCCAGAGACCAACUCGGCUGAUGAUCUUACACUGAUUGACCUGAUCUUUGCAGCAGAAAAAGGACCAUCAGCUCAUGUCCAAGCACAAGUUUCCAGCCCUGUUCACCAAGAGAAGAUCUUGAGCCCACUGAAGGACAAAACCACACAAGAGGCGACAGCCAAAGAUCAGACGUGCGAAUCCUCGCAGGCUACGGAGAACAUGGAACAACAAACAGAGCAGCAGCAAGUAAAUACAUUGCCUCAGACUGAAAAAGCACCUGAGGACACAGAACCAACCUUGUUGAAGCCGCGAAGCGAUGUUUCGACAAGUGAUAGAGAGCUGGAGGGACAAAUGCUUCGCACCUCACGGCGCAAUUUAGAAUUAAGGCUUGUAAUGGAUUCUGAGGAGGAAGAGGAAGAACCGUACACCAGAAAGCUCCGUUCUGCAUCAGCAGCAACCUGUGUUAGGCCAGUGUCCUCCUCGCCAACCUCAAAGAGAACCAGUUCAGCCGUACUCUCUCUUCAAGAAAAGACUAGAGAGGAGGAGCCACCUUCAAAGAGAGCAAAAGAAACGAGCUUAGCACAAGACGAAGAAGCAGCGAAUGCAGAAGAUGCGGAUCAGCGUCCUGCCACACCACUAACAACUUCAUCUCCUAUCAGCCAGCUGAGUCAGUCUAAAUUAGGCCAGGGAGAGAGGAAGAAGACUCAGAUAGAAAAGAUCUUAAGGGAGUUUUCCAGUUCCGGUGAAAGUGAGUCUGGUGAAGAAAUUUUCCAAACACCAUGUGAAACAUUGGUCUCUGCGGACACUUCUCCAGCCCGACCUGACGAACGCCACGAUGAACAAGAAUGCAGCGGAUCAGAAAGCCCCACUAUGGGACCAAGCCGCACCAGCAGGUCGGCAUCCUUACAUGAACUGGGUGGUGAGUUUGAAGAAGAAGAUGCAACCCUACAAGAGCGAGCCCAAGUUGAUGAGGACAUGCAGUGCAUCAGAAACCUGAUGAAGCAGACGAACCAGGACUUGAUAUCUGUUACUAAAGCCUUGCUGAAGACCAGUGGCGAUGUGUCUGCUGCAUCACGCCUGCUUUCGCAUCCCACGUCCUUUAAUUCACCGUUUUGGGACCGCCGAGAUGACGACGUCCUGCUGUCGGCCGACCCUGGUCCCCUCAAGCAGCUCCUGGAGAAGCAUGGCCAAGCGGGUGUGUCUAAGCGUAGGAUAUUCCUCAAUGUAGAGCGCUGA